UUCACACUUCAAUUUCUUUUCAAUCACUAAACACCAAGCCCAUCAAAAUGAUGAAACUUAUUAUCACCUGUGCGAUUGUGGCGUGCGCCUUCGCCGACGUCUCCCAUCUGUUCCGUCCCACACAAACUUACUCCUCGUUGCGGGAUGUUCCGAUUUUGCGUCUGGAAUCCGACAUCAGCCCGGACGGCACCUACAAAUAUGCUUACGAGACUGGUAACGGAAUCGCCGCCCAGGAACAAGGACUAGGUGGCCAGGCGGCGAAAGGAUCGUUCUCCUGGACUUCACCUGAAGGAGUUCCGGUAGCCAUCCAAUACGUGGGCGACGAAAACGGUUACCAACCCCAAGGAAACGUGUUGCCCACUCCACCGCCAAUUCCUCAAGCCAUUCUGAGAUCGCUGGAAUGGAUCAGGACUCAUCCCCCGCAACCUGAACCAAGAAGAUUCUAAGUUUUGUCCGUUAUGUAUUAUAUUUGUUAG